AUGACGUCCCGAAAGACACAACAAGAGAUCGACAAGACCUUCAAGAAGGUGGCCGAAGGGAUCCAACAAUUCGAAGGUAUCUACGAGAAGAUCCGUUCGACAACGAAUGCCACGCAACGGGAUAAACUGGAGGAGAAUCUGAAACGAGAGAUCAAGAAGCUCCAACGGUAUCGCGACCAAAUCAAAUCAUGGGCUUCGGGCAAUGAAGUCAAGGACAAAGGACCGCUGCUGGAGCAGCGUCGAGCCAUCGAAACUUGUAUGGAGCAGUUCAAGGCAGUGGAGAAAGAGAUGAAGACCAAGGCAUACUCCAAAGAAGGUCUAUCCGCCGCUUCGAGACUUGAUCCGAAAGAGAAAGAGAAGGUGGAGACGUGCGACUUCCUGUCCAAUAUGGUGGAUGAGCUGCAGCAGAAGAUCGAGGCCAUGGAGGCUGAGGAAGAAACUCUGCACAUGCAAGUCAAGAAGGGCAAGAAAGACGUCUCCAAGACGAAUCGAUUAGCGGACCUUACCCGAAUCAACGAGCGACAUAAGUGGCACGUCAACAAGCUCGAACUUCUGCUACGGUCCCUGCAAAAUGGCGCCAUCGAAGUCAACCAGGUGAUCGAUCUCAAGGAGAGCAUAAAAUACUACGUGGAAGAUGGACAUAACGUGGAUUACUCCGGAGAGGACGAGACCCUCUAUGACGAUCUAAUCUUCGGAGACGAGGUCGACGGUCAGUAUGCAAAUGCCGACAACGACCGAGUCUCAUCACAAGAUACGCAAUCGGUGCAAGAGGAUGAAUCGGAACCCAAGCCCAAGCCCAAGAGCAGUAGCGAAGCAACGGGGCCGCGACGGCCGUCCGCGCAGAUGAAAUCGCCGCUGCCUGUGCUCGCGACCUUGCACCCGUCGACCUCCACCAGCGCUACGUCUGGUAUGAAGCCUGCGCCACCACCAACGCGUCUGCCUGGUGAGACGCUCAAGUACGCCUCGGCGGCGGCGGCGGCGGCUGCCAGCGACAAGAACGGCGUCGGGAUCGCACCCCUCCCUCCACCACCGGGCGCCAGCCCUGCUUUCCCGGUCGCAGUUCCCGCCUCGAAAGCUUCGUCAACCGCCUCACCCAGCGUCUCGUCGGUCCAGCCAGCCAUCCGAACGACAUCAACUCCGGCCCCGACGACAGAUGAGCCCAGCGUACGGUCGAAAACUCCUGCCAUCAGUCCUAACAUCGCCACUGCAAAUGCCGCCCCCGCCCCUUCGAAUACGGUGGCACCCCCUCCCGCGACGGACAAGGCGGAGGCCACGACAACGACCCCGGCCACUCGGGGAGCGUCGACCGUCAAUGGAGAUUCGAGCAGCAAGGAAGAGAGCAGCGAUUCGGUAUAUCACCUGCCUCCGGGCCUGCAAGACCUGAUCCACUCGUUCGAGGUGACCAAGACCCGAGCGUCGACGACCUCCUCGAAUCCGCCACCGUCCGUCCAACGACUUCUGGCCGCAUCAUUGUCCACAUGCCCCGAGCCGGCAGACGCCGAGAAGCCCCGACAUUACAAGCCGCAGAACCCGUACAACACGCCCCUCUACUACCCCCAGGAACCGCUGUCCAUUUUCGACGACCCGCGGUUAUACGACACGGGGCGCAUCGACACGGACACGCUUUUCUACCUGUUCUAUUACCGACAGGGGUCGUAUCAGCAAUUCCUGGCGGCCAAGGCACUGAAGAACCAGAGCUGGCGAUUUCACAAGCAAUACCAGACCUGGUUCCAACGACACGAGGAGCCGAAGACCAUCACCGAGGAAUUCGAGCAGGGGACGUAUCGGUUCUUCGACUACGAGAGUACAUGGAUGAACCGACGCAAGGCGGACUUCAAGUUUGUGUACAAGUAUCUAGAAGAUGAGCUAUAA